AUGUCCAAAUACUCCAAGCACAAUCGCUGGAAACCUUCCAAAAUACGCUCUGUAUCUCAGCAACAAGUCACUGCACAACUGAAGGCCUGCACAACUCACCAGCACACACAAAAUAAGGAGAAUAUUACUCCUUUAGCCACAACUAUUUCGUCAGUACUAGUUGUGAGGCUCGAGCAAGAGAAGAAGUGCAAGAUUACAUACCAGACACACUAUAGGAACGAAAAGCGAUGCCAUGAACGCACAAAAACCUGUACCAACAAACUCCAGUCAAGUUUCAAUGAUGCACGAGCAUCUGCAACUGAGGUGUCCUUGCAAGUGCAGACAACUCAAAUUGCUCUUGUCACUGCAGAGCAUGAGUUGAGGCGCAAUCAUACUCUUGCUAUGCGUGCUUCUCGUGCCCCUCUUCAGAAAGCACGGGCUGUGAAUAAAGCACUUGCAUGCACUGCAGUACAAGCAGAGCAGAGUACCUUUUCCCUGAAGGAGAAGAAUGUGAUUACGGGCAAGGUCCGUGACAUGAUUUGCAAGCUUGUGGCAAAACAUGACAUACCAGUGUCGAGUGUUCGAGACAUUAUUAGCGCUGUUGCCAACUGUCUCGGAAUGGUUGUUGAAGGUGACAUUAGCACACGCAGUAUUCGGUGUGUACUCCAGGAGGCAGAGGUUCAGAUGGUGGAUGAAAUUAUGCAAGUUGAUGGCAUCACGUUAAGUGGCGAUGGAACAUCUCACAAGAAUAUCAAUUACCAGUCCCAUCAUAUCAUGUACACCACCCAUGACGGCACCAGGGUUACUCGCUUCGCUGGUGUUCAGCAUGAGGUUAAUCAUACCAGCGAAACCCAGCUGCAAGGCUGGAAGGACAUGAUACACGAGAUGUGUACCGUGUACAAUGAAUGUAUGGUUGGUGUCACGGCAGGUGUCGCAGACCCAAGGGAGCUUGUCACCAAGGUGAAGGGCAUGUUGACAGAUCACGCUGAGGAUCAGAAAAAAUUUGUCCACCUCUUCAGAGAAUGGAAGGAAGUGUGUGAGAGAGAAGUGCGAGGCGAACGAGCACUGGCCACUUUACCCCCUGAUGAUGUCGUUGCCCUGUUAUGGCAGACUACAGAAGGGGCUAUUGCGGCUGCAGGAGGAAUUGGAGGGUGGGAAGCACUGCCUGCCGAAGAGCGAGAUCGACACUCAUCCGAAGCUCGCCAUCAGCUUCACAUCAAGAUUGGCCAGGAGCGAUUUUCUGCCCUUACCCUACCUGAAAAGGAGUCUGUAGAUUUCUUUGUAUGGGCAGGAUGCUGCAUGCAUAAGGACCUGAAUGCUGUCAAGGGUGGAAAUACUCACAUGCAAGCUUGGUGGGGACAUAAUGCAGCUGCAUCUGGGGGGCCCUCCACUGCACAGGCACGUGCAGUGCAUGUUUCCCAAGGGGGGGCUGCAAAAGCACUCGCACUCGCAGGUUCCAUCUUCCAUCAUAAAGAUGACAAGAAGGGCCAACAAGAUUCUCUUCGAUUUUUCCUUGAGGCACAACUUGGUUACUUCUCGCCUUGGCCCGACACAAGCAACACCCGCUACCACAGUAAUUGUGAUGGAGCCAGCGAGUGGCUCGUACAUGAAAACUUGUAUGUUGUCUACCUCAAGAUCAUCAUGGACAGGAAGGAUGCUCGCACGCACACAAACAUCGAGCGAAAUGUCUAUUGUGCUUUUGAAUGUGACAAAACGAAGCAGGAGAUGGUAUGUUUCAGCAUGUGGGGACAGUGCAUCAGCCACCCAUAUUUUCGCGCUGUCCAUAACUCCUCAGGAAACAUCCUUGACCUUGGUCCUCUCCACGAUCGGCUCAUCACCCACAUCAAAAAGCUUAUCGAUAACAUCGAGCUUGUCUUCGGCAUGGACGCCACUUAUGAGACUGCCACAUUUGAUGGAAAACCAUUCGAGCGGCUGGAAUCAGUUUACAUCAUUCAGCAGAUUGCCCAGGACAAUACAAAAUACCCUCACCUUCGUUCUCUUUUCUCGCUUUCCUUGAAGGAGCGCUCGAAACUCUUAUCCGCUUCUGUCGCGAGUUUGCCGCCGACGAAUCAGACAGGAACAUACAUGAAAAUGGUGCUCAGUCCAGGCACACACAAAUACCUGCACAAAAAGACUCAUAUCAAUGACACUGCUGGAGCCGAGAAGAAACAACAACUUGCACAGGUGAAAUAUGACAAGUGGGUGGUACAACAGAACCGCGAGACUGAUGCAAAGAGGAAGAAGCAUUGUGAAGCUUCAUCAGCAAAACUUGCAGCUGUGGUACCUCGCGUGACACCAGAUGAAAUCACGAAGAUGCGUGUCAUUGAGGUGGACUUGCAGAUUUGGUGGCAUUGUCAAUUUGAUGCAGAAGUGCCUGCAGCCAAACACCUGAAAGGAAAAAGUGAGUCGGAAAAGAAGGCUAUUUUGGCAGCUGCUGCAGCUAGGUAUAUUUGUGGUGCCGGACCCAAGACCCAGGACGAGAAUGUGCCACGGGAGGAUGCAGAUUCUAUUGAAACAAAAAGUAACUUAAAGCACUACACAUUUGUGAAGGACUACUACAACCAUUCAUCUUUGAAAGAAAGUUCUUGGAACAUGAAUAUUUGUGUGGCAUACAAAUCUGAAGGAGGAGCUGAUCAGCAAGGUCCCUUUCAACACGUCAAACUUCCAUAUCUGCCCAUGCCAUCUCCAAUAGUGGGAGAUAGAGAAGGAUGCCCACCAGUACAAUCCCUGCUAGUGGAACCUCAAGCCUCACUACCAGAAGAUGAAAUGAAUUUCAAUGACACAUGCAUGAUGGAAGAUCAUCCUGGGCCAGAGCAUGAGAAUACUGUUGUAGAGGCUGAUGAUGGGGAGGAAGUGGUGUUUUAUUUUGGUGCAAGCAAGACCUGGGAUAGAGGAACCAUGUUCAUGAAGCAAUUUGAGUCUGACAAGUAUGCUGAGGAGAGGGUGAGCAAUCUAUAUUUUCCAUUUGCUAGCAAACCUGACUGGGAGAUGGUGGCAUUCCUUCUUUGGUUGGACCUCAGCAUGGCAGACAUUGAUGAGUUUCUCAAGCUUGGAAUUUGUGAAGUCCAUUUGUGUUGCAUCAGAAUUUUCUGA